AUGGCUGAUGCGGCUUCUUCACAAUCCCAGGGCAACGAGCCCGCUGCCCAACUGCAUCCCACCUCUUCUGCCCCCUCUGCCGUUCUCCAACCUCCUGCGCCAUCCCCAAUGUCCGUACCGAUCAUGAACUCUCCAGCCCCCCUUCUUCGUCCUGCCAUUCCAGGAAACCGGGGCCGUGCGGCGCCCAGAUUGGGGCUGGCCAUUCCUCCCUCACCAAACGUCAAGCCUGUGGGCAAUCAGGCUGUUCAACCGCCUGCUAGGCCCCCCCUACCGACUCUGCACCUGGCAACGCCCAUGGGCAGCCAAUCCACGCCAUAUGAACAGCCUCCGAGGUCGCAGGGCAUCCAGCCCGGACAGUCUGCUGGCGGCGGCAGCGAGAGCAGCGCAGCUCAUUCAAGGUCGGGAAGCUUUGGCCCUCUUGAUGGCCGAGCAAGCAACCCCACGUCUGCGGGCUCUCAGUUUUCGGCCCUUUCAUUUGCCUCGCAGUUCGGCAUCCCUGUAACACGACCCCAAGGAACCCCAGACCCUGUAUCGGCUGUCGGCUCCAUGUACUCUGAGAGAAGUGAGGGAGGUGUUUCCAUGGAGAGAGAUGGAAGUUUACAGGGCUUGGAAGGGUUUGACCGACUCAGCAUCGAGAAAGCUAGGAACGCCGAUGUUGAAGAUUUAGAUGAUGAGGGGUGGAGGAUUGCCAGCUUGGAAAAGCGAAUCGUUGAACUGGGCAACCUCGGCGAGGGCGCUGGAGGCGCCGUUACCAAGGCCAUGCUUAAAGGCGGCAAGACUAUCUUUGCUCUCAAGAUUAUUACUACCAAUCCUGAUCCGGAUCCCGUUCCGACUCUUAAGGACGAGCCGGACAAUGAUGUAUACUGGAGUGACAACUUCAAAUACUUCAUUGAAUGCUGUUUGGAGAAGCAGCCCAAUCGCAGAGCUAGCCCGUGGAAGAUGUUGGAGCACCCGUGGAUGACUGAGAUGCGUUCCAAGAGGGUAAACAUGGUGAAAUACCUUUCCUUCGUAUGGGGCUGGGACGAAAAGCAGGCCACCACCUCUCGAUAA